UUUUGCUGCAAGUCUGUGUUUAAUCUAUUGAUCCCAAUUGAUAACGGGAAUCCCGCAGAAAUCAGCUUUUCAAUCAAUUUUACAAAAAGCAAAAUGAACCUCGCGUUAAGUUUUCUUACGUUAUUAUUCGCCGAACAGCAGUUCGACCUCGGGGAGAUGCUUAAUGCGGUGACAAAACGAAUCAUACGUGGACUCUUGUUUUGCCUUUAUUGCCUUAUGAGUCCAGUCAUACUCUAUCGAGCUCUAAGAUCACGGAAGCGAUGUUCACCUAUCCGCAACAAAUUGCUACUUAUGUCCGCCACUGACCUCGCAAGAAAAAUUCGCGAGCAACAGGUCACAAGCGAGGAAGUCGUGAGGUCCUAUAUCACAAGAUGCAUAGAAGUGAAUCCCGUGAUCAAUGCAAUCGUGGAAGCGCGGUACGAUCUUGCCAUUCAAGAGGCUAGAGAAGCUGACAACGUGAUACGCUUGGGACACAAAAGCCUCGACGAAAUCGCACGAGAAACUCCGCUUCUAGGGGUUCCAAUUACUGUCAAAGGGAGUAUAGCUGUGCAGGGUAUGAACCAUGCGGCCGGAAGGAAAUGGCCACAGAUACCAAGAGCCUUGUGCGACGCGGAUGCGGUGCAGAGAGUGCGAGCGGCUGGAGGCAUUGUGCUUCUGGUGAGCAACACACCAGAAUUGUGCAUGUGCUGGGAGACAUACAACAAUGUGACUGGGAUGACCGUGAAUCCCUACGAUACAAGAAGAACGGCAGGUGGUUCAUCAGGGGGUGAGGCUGCCCUGCUCGGCUCAGGAGCAUCGCUUUUAAGUCUCGCCUCUGACAUUGGCGGCUCAGCUCGUCUUCCAGCCAUGUUUUGCGGAGUAUUUGGUCACAAACCUUCACCAGGUUUGGUCUCAACGAUUGGGCACAUGCCAGGAUCAGACGAUAAAGCCUGGCCUAACUUUUUCACCUUAGGACCAAUGGUCAGAUACGCUGAAGACUUGCCACUACUAUUGAAGGCCAUGUGCCAAAGUAGCAGACUAAACUUAAAAUUGGACGAUAAGGUACCAUUGAGAGACAUAAAGUUCUUCUACAUGGAGGACGACUGUGGUUCUGGAGCGACAAGCUCUAUAGACCGAGAUAUAAAAGAAGCAAUUCGAAGGUUGGUUGAACACCUCAAUUUCCAACACGGUGUAACGGUGCAGAAGGUAAAAUUGAAGGACAUGAAGUACGCAUUAGAACUGAUCGCCGCGAUUCUUCUGCGUAUCGAAGGAGUUGAGACCAUAUUUACCAAGAAUUCGGAUCCCCGAGAGUGGAAAAGCGUCACUGUAGAGGUUCUGAAGUACCUCUGCUGCAUGUCCCCUCAUACGUUUCCCAACGUAAUGUACGGGGUUCUCAAAAAAGCUAAUAGUGCAAAGUCGCAAAACUACAUCAAGAUGGUUGAAAAGAAUGCAGCAAUGAAGAAGCAGUUUGAGGACCUACUCGGUGAUAAUGGUGUUCUAAUCUAUCCUACGUUCGUGUCGGCUGCCCAUUAUCCCUAUGAGAUAUUCCACAAAAUCUGCAACGUAUCAUACUUGGCAAUUUUCAACUCCCUCGGACUUCCAGUAACGCAAUGUCCGCUGGGUUUGAACAGAAACGGGUUACCGAUCGGUGUCCAGGUACAGAAAUUUCUCAAAAACAAAAUUUCAUCUUUUUAUCAACUAAUUUCUCCAAACGCUUUCUUCUACAGAUUGUUGCAAAUCCCGAAUGUGAUCAUCUUACAAUUUCUGUAGCGCAGGAAAUUGAAAAAGCAUUCGGCGGAUGGCGACCACCAACAACAGAAGAGAAAGUUUGAACAAAUAAAUUUCGGGACCUCAAAGUCCUCGGAUUUAGAUAAAAUUGGACGGAACUUUCUUACCC